AUGAAAAUUCUGCUGCUUGCGUUCUGCCUCUUCUGCCUCUCCGCGUCGAGAGUGCAGUCGAAGCCACAGAUAACAAAGCUCUUCCCGGUAAUCCAAGAAGCUAACCCUCAGCAAGGUUCCAGUAAAAACGAUACGAAACCAUUGGACAAGCUUCUUGGGAAGUUGCGAGCCACGUACGACUUCGUGUUUCGAAAGCCAGAGAACACGAGUAACGUGGAAAAAAUUUUGGCCAAGGAUGCACCUGAUCCAGACGUGGAAGCUUUAAAAUUAAUUUGGUCCAAUCAAAUGCAACAAAUGUCUCGAAACAGAGAAGAAUCAAAGAAGUUUCAACCUCAAAGGAUAUAUUUAGGGAUGAACGAGGAUUGGGUUAAUCAUAUUCAACCAUUGGAACCUCUGGAGCCAUUGGAAUUGGAAGAAGAGAUGGAAUUUGAUAAAAAUCGAGACGUAGAGGUGAUCACUCCGAGGAAUAACUUCCAGUUUCCGGUCACGAUCAGCCGCCAUCUUGUCGAUUGGCUUGGUUCCCUCUUGGGAAUCACCUAUGGGGUUUAUUCUAAACUAGCCAGAGCUCUUUCUAACAAUAAUACCACCAUUCGUGUCAAUUAA